UCUAAAGCACUCUGAGGUGAAGCUAGCUGAACUCGGCGUCCGGAAGGAUGGAGGCGGCGGAGACUGAGGCAAAGGCUGAAGCCCUGGAGGUCCUGGCGGAGGUGGCAGGCAUCCUGGAGCGUAGAGGCCUGCAGGAAGAGUCCGAACUGCCAGCCCAGAUCCUGGCUGAGUUUGUGAUGGACUCACAGAAGAAAGACAGGCUGCUCUGCAGCCAGCUUCAGGUGGUAGACUUCCUGCAGAACUUCCUGGCUCAGGAGGAUACUGCCCAGGGCCUGGACCCCUUGGCUUCUGAAGACUUAAGUCGGCAGAAGGCAAUUGCAGCCAAGGAACAAUGGAAAGAGCUGAAGGCCACAUACCGAGAGCACGUGGAGGCCAUCAGAAGUGCCUUGACCCAGGCCCUGAUCCAGGAGGAAGAGAUCCACAGGAAGCAGAUGCAGCUCCAGGAGACUUUUGAGCAGCUCCAGGCCAAGAAGCAAAUAGCCAUGGAAAAACUCAGAGCAGCCCAGAAGCAGUGGCAGCUGCAACAGGAGAAAUGUCUGCAGCAUCUGAUGGAGGUUUCUGCAGAGGUGAGGAAGCGUCAGACAGAAACUCAGCAGGAGCUUGAGCGGCUAUGUCAGGAAGUUGGAACCCUCAAGCAGCAGGCAGGAUGGGAACGGGAUAAGCUGCAGAGGUACCAGACCUUCCUCCAGCUGCUGUAUACCCUGCAGGGUAAGCUGCUGUUACCUGAGGCUGAGACUGAUACUGAGGCAGAGGCAGAGAUGCCACAGGAGCUGCCCCUCCACUUUGAUCUCCCCGAGGAUAAGCCCCAGCAGCUGACCCAGCCCCAGGAGCAGAACACUGGAGACACCAUGGAGAAAGACAGUGGUGUGUCCUUCAAGUCUCCUCGCCCCACCCUCAUUGCAGGAUGGACUGUGAACCCCUGAGUACAGCCUGAUUUCUGACCAUCACCCAGGCAAUUUCACUUAACACAUUGAAGAUGGUCAUCUGGCUUUGUUGUUGCUGAUAAGAAGUCAACUGCCAGUUUAAAAGCCCUCUCUAUGACAUCGUCUUUUACCUACUGGCUAGUUAAAUUUUCCUGUUGUUUUUAUUAUUCACUUCUGCUUUCCUUUUGUUUAUUUUGCAAUACUUGUAUAAUUUUUUAAAUUAUAUUGGAUAAAUACAUUUUCUUUGUCAUAUUCUAAUAAAUGCAUUUAAGUGUGCACAUUUUUAUU